UCGAUGCAUCGAUGUUUUCAUCAAUGUUGCUGCACCUCUAAUAAACAUAUUUUUAGUUAGGAAGUUAAAUAUUCUAUAAUACAUUUCAAAAUGGCUGAAUUUUUGUCAACUAGCAGUGUCUCUGGGACCGAAAACAGGGAAGAUGAAGAAGUGGAGCCAAAAUUUAAGUACCAACGCCUUGCUAACGAUUUGAAAAACAUACUAAAUACUGAUGUCGUGACAAGCACAGCUGUGCAUUUUAAGUUUCUUAUACUUGGCACAUUCCGAGGACGUGUUCAUUUAUUGGACCAUCAAGGAAAUUCUGUCAAUUCGAAUUUAAGCAACAGCGAACGCUACACUCAUCAAGUGGCAGUCAACCAGAUUGAUGUGGAUCCAAAGGGCGAAUAUGUGGCCACAUGCUCAGACGACGGAAAAGUUAACAUAACGGGUUUGUUCAGCUGCGAGAACAAUCAGAAUCUAAGUUUUGGUAAAUUUAUAAAAGCUGUAGCCGUGGACCCCGAACUUAGAUCUCGCACUAGGCGAUUCAUAGUGGGACAUGACAAACUAAUAUUGUACGAGCGUAAUCUUUUAAAUAAGCUUAAGCCAAUUGAGCUCUGCUUAGUCGAAGGGAAUGUGUUGACCAUACGAUGGCAUGGUAGCUUGGUUGCCUGGGCGAGUCACCUAGGUGUCCGUGUCUAUGAUUUAAAUGAAAAAUGCUCGCUUGGAUUAAUGAAAUGGGAGGCGCCAACACAGGAGCGGCUGGAAAACUUUCGCUGCCACUUGCUAUGGUCAAAUAAGCAUACUCUGUUAAUCGGCUGGGUAGACACUAUACGAAUUUGUGUUAUUCGCAAAAGAAAUUUAAUCGAAGCUUCAAGUAGCAAUCUGCCGAGCUAUAUUGUAGAUCCAGUCUCGACAUUUCAAACUACUUUCUACAUCUGUGGACUUGCCCCAUUAAACACCAACCAAUUAGUGGUGCUUGGCUAUCGCAAAGAAAAAAGCGAAUCUUUUAAAGCCCAACGUCCUGUUUUAUGCGUUAUUGAGUACAAAAAGGAUAGCAGCGAGGAGAUCUGCACUGAUAGUUUGACUUUGCGUGGCUUCGAGGAGUACACCGUAAAUGACUAUAGUCUGGGUAGCAUAGUCGAGGAUAAUCGCUUUUAUAUAGUGGCUCCUAAGGACAUUGUAGUGGCUAGUCUUAUUGAAACGGACGACCGCAUAGAAUGGUUAAUUAAGCACAGUAAAUUCGAGGAAGCAAUGGAACUGAUAGCCACGCAUGGCGGUAGCGUGUCCGUUCUUUCAGUGGCCAGACUUUACAUUAACCAUUUACUGACACUGAAACAGUAUGAGGACGCCGCAAAACUUUGCCUGCAGAUGCUGGGCAAUAACAAAAUCCUUUGGGAAGAAGAAGUUUUCAAGUUUGUGAAGUGUCAGCAGUUACGAUCCGUCAGCGCCUAUUUGCCGACAUCCGACGAUUGCAAACUCGAUGCCCAUGUGUACGAGAUGGUUUUGUACGAGUUUCUAAAAUUCGAUGUGAACGGCUUUCUGAAUCUUAUCAAAGAGUGGCCAUCUCAUCUUUAUGACGGACUAGCAGUAAUAAACGCAAUUCACGAUAACUUUCGCAAGCAGCAUGCCAAACAGAUGCUCGAAUCCCUCGCCCUUCUCUAUUCUUAUCAGGGUGAUUACGAAAGCGCCCUCCGCAUGUAUCUAAAGUUGCAGAACAAGGACGUCUUUAAAUUAAUAAAACGUUAUCAGCUUUACGAUGUUAUUUCAAAAUUAAUCAUUCCACUCAUUCAAUUGGACCGUGAACGUGCAUUUGAAAUAUUAUUAGACAAGGACAAGAUCAAAUCAGAAUUGGUUGUUCAUCAGCUGGAACACAGUAAAGAGUACCUGUACUGGUAUCUGGACUCUUUGAUAAAAGUGGACUCCAGAAAUAUGUUUCAAAAUAAGCUUGUGUCCUUGUAUGCAAAGUAUGAUAGGAAGAAACUUUUGCCCUUUCUUAGGCGUUCAAAGGACUAUGUCAUUCAGGAUGCAUUAGCCAUUUGUAAACGGGAAGGAUUCUAUCCGGAGAUGGUCUACUUGCUAGGGUGCAUGGGCGGAGUGGAAGCGGCCGAAGCCCUAAAUAUCAUUAUUCAUAGCAUGAAUGACAUAGAAAUGGCGAUAGACUUCUGCAAGGAACAUGAUGACAAUGAUCUAUGGAAUCUGCUCAUUAAUGAAUCUGCCAAGCAACCCGAGACUGUAUCCAAAGUACUGGACGGUAUAGUAGACUAUGUAAAUCCUGAGGUAGUCGUUAGUAGGAUUAGAACAGGUCAGAUUAUUCCAAACCUGCGGAAAUCUCUCAUAAAAAUGCUUUGGCACUACAGUAUACAGGAGGAAAUAUCCUUCGCCGCCCAACAAAUUCAGCUGGAGGACUACUUUGAUACCCAUUCGGAGGUAGUGGCUCUACAGCGACGUGGACAGCAAGUAUCCUGCGAACAACUAUGCUUACUGUGCUAUCGUCCAGUACUAAUGAAAAAUAGUGGGUUCAAUUGCAUAAUCGGAUUUAAAUGCGGUCAUAUCUACCAUGAGCCCUGCAUAGAAGCUGUCAUUUCCGAUAGACACUGCAGUGAGUGUAGAAUGAGGUCUGUUGAUCCAACUGAGAAGGAAUAGGUUUUUAGCGACAUCCACACUGUUGGCUGUUUCUUUGUUGGUUUGUCUAUGUUGUAAUUGACUUUAACGUUCUUAAUAAAUAUCCACCCUAAUAUAAAUCAACAAUAAAGCGCAUAUCUCAAAAAACAAGUGAAGUAUAAGUCAUAAUAUACAAAAAGAUCAAUUUUUUA